AUGGCUCCCUACGUGUUGGGCCUCGUCAUCUUCAUUGCCGUCGCGGUGACGGGCGGGUUGAUGUGGUGGAACCCGCACAUCGAGUUCCACAAAGCCCCGGCCAGCAAAAAGGACAUGUCGCGCGAUGAGGUGUUCGCGCACUUGCAGAACCACACGAUUCUACAUCUUGGUGGCAUGCACUUCACCGGUCUCACUUUGCUGGCCGAAGCCGUGAGUCAAAGUAGCGACGUCGCCGGGAUGCGACAUCAAGAGGGCUCGGACCGGCGCAAGGCGCAUUGGGUGAGCGACAUCUCCAAUGAUGGCAUCUUCCUUCAGAGUGUCUAUCCGAAGUUCGGAUUAGAUCACAAGCAGUUCUUCUUCCGGAAGUGGAUCAGCAAGUAUGCCAAGAAGAUCUUUCCGCAGUCUAUGGUGGAGAAGUCCAACUGGAUGACGCUGCGGGACGGUAUAGGCCGCUUUGCUUUGCACCCGGACCAUCGAGUGAACGAGCGCUCAUCUCUGGUGGAGCCGAGAGCGCAGGUUCACCUCUUCAGCGAAUGGGCGCUGUUUUGGGAUCUGGGCAAGAAGGUUCUCUUGGAGAAGUCGCAUUCCAAUCUCGUGGCCUCCCCCUUCCUCCACAGCCUAUGGGGCCUGGAUCGAACGUCGAGCCCGGCGCGCUUCCUCUUCCUGCAGCGGCAUCCGCUGGCGCUGGGCCUCUCGACCAUCCGGAGAGCAGGACGCGUGGUGGACGACCUUUCCUUGGAAGACAUCAUCGCCAACUGGCUUGCCGGAGAGGAACGAAGAGUGGAGGACUGGCGCAACUACUUCGAGAAAUACGGCAUCGGCAAAGAUGCUUACCGCGUGAUGCAGUUUGAGGACAUCCUCGCCGACCCUCGGAAGGACACGCUUGGGUCUGGCGUGGGGUCCGGGAUGCUGUCGGUAUCAUCGCCAUCUCACGGUUGA